GUGGACCAAAUUGGCCCCUAUAAAAAUGACUUCUUAUUUAUGCAAAGGUAAUCAAUCAAGCAUGGCUGAUCAGGUGAAGCUACAUGGAACAUGGUCUAGUCCAUUUGUUUAUCGAGUGAUAUGGGCGUUGAAACUGAAAGGCGUCCCAUAUGAAUACGUUGAAGAAGAUCUUUUCAAGAAAAGUCCUCUGCUUCAACAGUACAAUCCCGUUAACAAGAAAAUCCCAGUACUUGUUCAUGGAGGAAAACCAGUUUGUGAGUCUAUGAUUAUUGUUGAGUAUAUUGACCAGACGUGGCCUCACAACCCCUUGCUGCCCACUGACCCUUAUGAGAAAGCCAUGGCUCGGUUUUGGGUCAAAUUUGCUGAAGACAAGGGUUCAAUUAUUGGGUCAUUAUUCCGAGUCAGUGGUGAGGAGCAUGAGAAAGCCAUUAAGGAGAGUUUGGAAAUGCUGAAAAUUGUGGAAGAGCAUGGACUGGGUGAGAAGACAUUUUUCGGUGGAGACAAAAUUGGCAUAGUGGACAUAGCAUUUGGAGCAUUUUCUCACUGGCUGGGUGUCAUUGAAGAAACACUUGGAUUGGAAUUGCUUCAACCCAAUGCCUUCCCUCGCUUGCAUGCGUGGACAAAGAACUUCAAGGAAGUUCCUGUAAUCAAAGACAACCUUCCUGAUCGUGAUAAAAUGUUGGUCCAGUUAAAGGGGAUUAGAGAAAUGUACUUGGCAUCUAAGUGAAUUUUAGAGCUGGUUUCUUUCUACUUUGAACUACUCCUAAUAUAAUUAAGGAAUUUGAAGUGGCCGGGAGUGAACUAUGAUUGUAUUCAGCCCCUUUCUAUGUCUAGGGUGUAUCUGUACUUCAAUUUGCAAGAAUAAGGAAGACUCUUCCUUGCUUAUACUUCUAUAGUUGUCACUAAAAAUAGAAGUUAAAUUACUAAAUUGAUCUUUCAA